AUGGCCUCUUCUUCUAAAGAAUCUGUCCCGAGAGACAAAUGGUGGCAAUGGAGAUGGUUCUCUCCCGAAGAUACAAAGGAAGAAAGACGCUUGAUCACAAAGAUUGAUCUCCUCUUGGUACCUUACUCGGUCCUCGGGUAUUGGGUCAAGCAUGCUGAUCAAUCAAACCUGAACAAUGCAUACGUUGCCGGGUUGAAGGAAGACCUUGGCUUCUACGGGAACGAACUCGUCCAGCUCCAGACCUUAUUCACCCUAAGUUCAGUGCUAGGCCAGAUUUUCUUCCUGUAG